GGAACAGUAGCGUCCUGUCUAAAAUAUUGCGAUAAUAAAACGAAUCUACUCGCCACUGCUUCCAAAAAGUUUUCUUCUUUUUUAAAGUGGACUUGUCCGAGACGCGUUUUGGUCAUCUACGCAUAUGCGCCAAGUUCUUGUUUUCUUAUUUUACGAAAAUGGGAGCCUCAAAGCCAAUUUUCCGAGAUUUGAACGCAGAAGAUCCUGAACCAGAAGCAACGGAAAUAGAAUCUUUAUGUGUAAACUGUCAUGCUAAUGGCAUAACAAGACUUCUGUUAACGAAAAUUCCGUUUUACAAAGAGGUGGUUUUAAUGUCAUUCUCAUGUGAACAGUGUGGAUUUGAGAACAACGAAAUCCAAUCGGGUGCUGCUAUUAGCCCUGAAGGAGUUAAAAUUAAUUUACGUGUGGAAACACAAGCUGAUUUAAAUAGGCAAUUAGUGAAAAGUGAUUAUACUAGUAUUAAAAUUGUUGAACUUGACUUUGAGAUACCUCCAAAAAGUCAGAAAGGAGAAGUAACGACCGUUGAGGGAGUUAUUAAUCGAAGCAUAGCGGGGUUGCAACAAGACCAAGUUGCUAGAAGGAUUCAGCAUCCUGAAACGGCCGCCCAAAUUGAUGAAUUUAUUCAAAAACUAGAAAAACUUAAAGAUUUAAAUUCUCCAUUUACAUUAAUUUUAGAAGACAUUUCUGGCAACAGCUUUAUAGAAAACCCUCAAGCACCUAAGAAAGACCGCAACUGCACCACCCACUUUUUCAAACGAACUAAAGAACAAGACCAUGAACUGGGUAUUUUUACUCCUGCUGAAGUUGGUAACGAAAACAGCAGUGGAAUUCUACACCGCAUCCCUGAAAACGAAUUUACUCUUGAAGAUCUUGAAGGUGAAGUUUUGCAGUUUCCCACAAAUUGCUCCAAUUGCAAUUCCCCUUGUCAGACUAAUAUGAAAAUGACUAAAAUUCCGCAUUUUAAAGAAGUAGUAAUAAUGGCAACAAGUUGUGAUACUUGUGGCCAUAGAACUAAUGAAGUAAAAUCAGGAGGUGGGAUUGAACCCUUUGGAGUCCACAUUGAAGUGCUUGUUAACGGCCGAGAAGACUUCUCCCGCGAUGUUUUAAAAUCUGAAACAUGCAGCUUACAAAUUCCUGAGUUAGAGUUAGAAGUGGGUCCCCAUGCUUUAGGAGGAAGAUUUACAACAGUUGAGGGAUUGCUAGUAGCCAUCAAAGAACAGUUGGAUAAUCCUAAUUUCUCGCAUAUGUUUGGGGAUUCACAGACGGCGGAAUCUAAAGGACGCUUGGAGGAAUUUUUCAAACGCCUUCAGGAAGUUUUGGAUGGGAAGUUUAAAAUUACGGUAGUUUUGGAUGACCCAGCGGGAAACAGCUAUAUACAGAGCCUGGAUGAUGAGAAUAAGGGGCUAAAAAUAACGAAAUAUGAAAGAACGUUUGAGCAAAAUGAAGAGUUAGGUUUAAAUGACAUGAAAACGGAAAAUUAUACAAGUGAUUAGGAUGUAAAUAGUUUAUCUUAUGUUCUCCGUCAAGUUUUUUCAAAUUUGGUAGCCGUUUGAUUGCUUCAAGUUUCCAUAUUGACUCUUCCAUACUUUCAUAUAGUGGAUUUCCUACAUUAAUGAUGCAUUUUCAGAGAAAAUUAUUUGUAUUUUUUAUUUAGUUAUUUACCAACAAAAAGCAAGUCUUCCAAACUUGGCAGUUCUUGCAAUUUCAUAAACUCACUCCAUUCCUUGACCAUAUUAUUACUCAUGUAUAAAACCUUCAGUUUUUUUAAAACAUGUACUCCUUUCAUUUUUUCAAUAAAAUUAUAAGA